CCGCCCCCUGCCCCGCCUCGCCCCCCGCGUGAGGCGUGCGCCGUGCGCGCGCGUGGCCGCGGCGGCGGGAUGUUUGUGGCGCGCAGCAUCGCCGCGGAUCACCGCGACCUCAUCCACGAUGUGUCCUUCGACUUCCACGGGCGCCGCAUGGCCACCUGCUCCAGCGACCAGAGCGUCAAGGUCUGGGACAAAAGUGAAAAUGGAGAUUGGCAUUGCACUGCCAGCUGGAAAACACACAGUGGAUCAGUGUGGCGUGUGACAUGGGCCCAUCCUGAAUUUGGGCAGGUCCUGGCUUCCUGCUCCUUUGAUAGAACAGCAGCUGUAUGGGAAGAAAUAGUGGGAGAGUCAAAUGAUAAACUCCGAGGCCAGAGUCACUGGGUCAAGAGGACCACUCUAGUAGACAGUAGAACAUCUGUUACAGAUGUGAAGUUCGCUCCCAAACAUAUGGGUCUUAUGUUAGCAACCUGUUCAGCAGAUGGAGUUGUAAGGAUCUAUGAAGCUCCAGAUGUGAUGAAUCUCAGCCAGUGGUCACUUCAGCAUGAAAUCUCGUGUAAGCUCAGCUGCAGCUGUAUUUCUUGGAAUCCUUCAAGCUCUCGCGCACAUUCUCCAAUGAUAGCUGUAGGAAGCGAUGACAACAGUCCAAAUAUACUGGCUAAGGUUCAAAUUUAUGAAUAUAACGAAAACACCAGGAAAUAUGCAAAGGCAGAGGCUCUGAUGACAGUCACUGAUCCUGUACAUGAUAUUGCAUUUGCUCCAAAUCUGGGAAGAUCCUUCCACAUCUUGGCUGUAGCAACCAAAGACGUACGAAUUUUCACACUAAAACCUCUAAGGAAAGAAUUGACUUCAUCAGGAGGAUUAACAAAAUUUGAAAUUCAUAUUGUGGCACAGUUUGAUAAUCACAACUCCCAGGUGUGGCGAGUGAGCUGGAAUAUUACAGGCACAGUGCUUGCUUCCUCUGGUGAUGAUGGCUGUGUUAGGCUCUGGAAGGCUAAUUACAUGGACAACUGGAAGUGUACUGGUAUAUUGAAAGGUAAUGGGAGUCCGGUGAAUGGUAGUUCUCAGCAGGGAAUUUUUAAUGCCUCUCUAGGUUCAGCCAAUACAAGUCUGCAGAAUUCACUAAAUGGAUCAUCUGCCAGCAGAAAGCAGAGCUGAUACCAAGCUAACUGGAGUAACUUUGGUGUUUUGCUGCUUGUUGCAUGCACACAGGAAUGGAAAACGAACUCCUUUUUCCCCUUCCCCAGCGCCGUUUGACCUCUCCCAAGACACCAGCAGCCUGCUAACUACUAAAUACUGUUCAAAAAGCCUUUUUCAAACACGUUGUGUGCAGUCUUUGUACUAGCCUGCACAGUUUCAUACUGAUGGAACACCUGAUAGAAAAAUAUUUGGAGAGGCAUCUUGUUUGGAAAAAAAACAUAAACAACCCACCCAAACCCCAAAACUUCCAUCAGAACGUAUUUUUGAAAGCUUGUAAAAUUAAAAGAUAGUUUGUGAUUAAAACCAACAAUUUUUGUCCUUGAUUGGGAUGGGAGGAGGGAAACGACCAUUAUAAUAACUUUCAUUAAAAUUGUUUUGAGAACCAGUUUGUUUUGCAUAUCAGAGUGUUCAGCAUUUGAUUAAGAGUCCCUAAACAUUACAAGGUUGUAACUGCUUUGUAAUAUAUGCAACUGUUAGUUCUAAAGGAGUGAGAAAACUGUUUUGACAAUUGUACAGAUGAUGGCUUUUAGUGGUUUGUAAUUGCAUCGUUUAUAUUCUUUAGUAUGACUUCAAAUAAAUGUUUUGUAAGUACUGUCAUACUUCCUUCAUCCUAAAAAAGUACUUUUUCUGUUACAUAUUUGUACAUUCCUGUGGUAGUAGUUAUAAUCACAUGGAGUACUUAAAUUCUCUAAACGUAAUAUCCUUGAAAAAUGCAAACACUUUAGCCAUACAGAGAUAGAAGCCAAAAUACAGUUUGUUGUUAAUUGUCCCAUAAUUUCCUUAAUAAACUGAUAGCUGUUCUUUGUUGUAAGUCCACAGAAUUGUAAACAAGACAGAAAGCAUAAUAUAGUUAUACUAAAAUGCACAAAUGUUACGGGUAAGUUUUAAUAAAAACAGCAGCAAAAUUACAUGGAGUGGCAUAAUUCUGAAUCUUGCAUUCACCAGGAAUCUUGAAUUUACACUGAGGAUUUUGCAGAAAUAUGUAAAUAGAUACAAGGACUGUAUUUCAUUCAAAGCAGUUAUUCUCUGUAAAUGUAUAUCAUUAAUGUAAAAAGUGGUGGUUUUACGUCUCUUCUAGAAAUGCUGUGACGUUAAUUUGAAUUAGAGGAAUAUGCAGCAAGUGUACUUUGAUAGUAUUUAAUGUAUGUUUUGUGUCAUAAACAAAGCAUUACUGAAAGCUGUUAACAAAUCACAGAAAUUCUGGGAGAAUGAAAUCCUGUUAAUAGCUGUACUACACCACCUUUUUGAC